AUGGGCGUCUUGGGCCGGCGGUUCCUGAAUCUGAUCGUGGCCGGCUGCUCCCCCGGCGUCAAAUCGCUGCGCCGCAUCAACCUGGCGCAGCUGUUUUACCGUGACACACCACCACCACCAUCAAAGACGACGGAGAUGGAGACGCUUCGGCUUCCUCGUCCAAGCUUCACCUUGCGUGCUCUAAACAACGGAUGGAACCUGAACUGCUUCCCGUUCGCGGACUCCAAGGUCAUCUGCGGGGAUGAUCAGUCGGGGCUCGGCUUCAUCUUCGACCUGGACACACGCAAGGUGGGAACCAUGCCCCCGCUCCCCGAGCUGCCGACGGUGAAGCCCGUCUCCGUCUUCGCUCACAAGCCCCACGUCGACGACGACAGAUUUUGCCAUGACAACGGUAGCAGCCUCUUCCUCAUGGAGAGGGUUCCAAUGAAGUGCGGGAGAGCCAGCAGUUCAUGGGCUUCAUCAACCAUUAUCCGAGCGGGCCCUGGGGCGACAAAUGCUUCACCUGCCGGCUGCCGCCUCCUUCCGCCGCCGCCGUUUGUACAAGAGACAUGGAGCUGGUACAACAACACCCCCGAGAUCACAGCCUAUGGCGUCGUCGGUGGCGGAUCACAUGUUUGCAUAUCCGUUCAUGGUGUUGGCACUUAUUGCCUGGACACAGCAGACCACACGUGGAGCCAAGUUGGCGAGUGGACGCUGCCCUUCCAUGGCAAGGUCGAGUACGUGCCUGAGCUCAAGCUCUGGUUUGGCCUCUCCGCCGCCGGUGGCCAGCAGAACUUGGCUGCUGCUGACCUCUCUGACGUCAUGGAUUCCCAGCCAUGUCAGCUAGUGGGCGGCCCUUGGAAGGAGCUUGAUCAUCUGCCAGAUGAAUGGAAGGAAUGCAAAGAUCCUCAGUUUGUCAGCCUGGGUUCUGGCAGGUUCUGCAUUGCAAGCUUCUUCGAAGAAGCUGAAGGCUCUGCUGGUGAUCAAAGGAACUUCUUAGGACGUUACUUUUUCUAUUACAAGAUUACAAUGUUUCAGUCACUUGCUGAUCACGAGGCACAGUUUUCUUUGGUCUCACAACCCGGUGCCAACGACACAAGCAUUGCAAGAAGAUGGUCGUCCGGUGUCGACGACACAAGCAUUACAACAAGGUGGUCGUCCAGUGCCGAUGCAGUCCCUAGUUUUCCUGGUACAGCAUUGGUGGACGUCCGCAGAAUAGCUGUAAAGCAUGCUAUCGAGGAUAAUGUUCUGACCCCAGCGUUCCGCAUGUAUCCUCAAGAAAGUAAACUGUUGAACUAUUCACGUGUUGACUUGAUCAGGACACUCCGGGUUAAGCUCCUUCAGAACGCCGACAUUAGUGUAAUCAAAUGCAUUCGCAAUACAGUCUUUCUCCGAUUUGCAGAUAUUUGUAGGAUGUCGUCUGCCGCAUCAAAUCCUUCUAGUUCCACAAGCAAACCAAUGCCCCUGAAAAGGAACUCUGAUGACAUUGGGUGGGAUUAUGGAGUUCUGGUGGAUCCAAACAACUUGAAUUUGAUCAAGUGCAAGCUGUGUGGUCAAGAAGUGUCAGCAGGGAUAUAUAGGUUUAAACUCCAUAUUGCUGGGAUUCGUGGCCAGGUUAAACCUUGCAAAAAGUCAACAGAGGAGGACAAAGAAAAGUGCAAGAAAGCCAUAGAUGACUCAAAGAGAGAUAAGAAGGCUAGGUAUGCGGAGCAGCAAGAGGUUAGAGAUGCCGUGGAUCUUGUUGGUGCACCGGAUGCUGAUGAGGACACCACCGCGGCAGAAGUAGAAGAGAUUGAUUGUUCUGGAGGGAAUGGCACUAGAAAAAUAGGGCCUAUGGAUACGUUUACAAUGCCUCUUGAUAAAGCCUCGCUGAGCAACGCAAAGGUGACUCGGCAGCAAUUAAUCACCCAAACAGUAUGGAAAGAGAGACAACAUGCCUUGCAGCGCUACAUUGCGAGAUGGGUGUAUGUGCGCGGUGUAUCUUUCAACAAGAUCAACAAUGUAGAGUUUGAUCAAAUGCUAGAAGCGGCUGGUCGUUUUGGCCCUGGUGGAAAAAAACCAAACCAGCAUCAGCUACGGGAAUCAUUGUUGUCUGAGGAAGUGGAGGAGACAAAGAAGCUGAUGAAGACGCAUGAAGAUGAAUGGGCAAAAAAUGGUUGCUCCCUAAUGACUGAUGCAUGGACUGACCAGAAAAGGAGAAGUAUAAUGAACAUUUGUUUGCAUUGCAGCAUUGGUUCGAGCUUUCUUGAAUCAAGGGAAUUCUCAGAAGAGUCACACACAGGACAGCUUAUCUUUGAGUAUGUGGAUGACUGCAUUGAGCGAAUAGGUGCUGAAAAAAUCGUGCAAGUAGUCACAGACAAUGCUUCAAACAAUAUGGCAGCAAAGGAUAUACUGUUUGUGAAGAGGCCAAAUAUUUUUUGGAGCUCAUGUGCAACUCACACCCUGAAUUUGAUGCUUGAAGGAAUUGGAAAGAUGAAAAAUUUCAAGGGCUGCAUUGAUCAAGCAAAAUCAUUAACCAUCUUCAUCUAUUCACAUCAUAAAACCUUGUCAUUGAUGAGGAAAUUUACAAAGAAAAGAGAUAUAGUGAGGCCUGGUGUUACUAGAUUUGCUUCAUCCUUCCUCACACUGCAGAGCUUGUAUGAGAAGAAGGAGCAACUAAGGGCAAUGUCUCAGUGUGAUGAAUGGGACAAAUUCUUAGGUUUAAGUCAUAUAAAGAAGAACAGCAAAGGUGUCCUAGCCACAGCUACAAUGACGAAACCUACCUUUUGGAGUGCGGUUGCACUUUGCUUGAGGAUUUUUGAGCCACUAGUCAAGGUGCUUCGCAUGGUUGAUAGUGAUAUCAAGCCAUCCAUGGCCUUCCUGUAUGGAGACAUUAUAAAGGCAAAGGAUGAAAUCAAGGCGGGCUUCCGGAACAUUGAUAGGCCAGGGAAUCUUAAUGCCUACAACAAUGUCAUAGAGAUCAUUGAAGGGAAGAUGAAGAAUAGGCUGGACACUCCGUUGCACUUGGCUGCAUAUUUUUUAAAUCCAUAUUACAGCUACAACAAUGAUUCUAUCUUCACAGAUGAGCUAGUCUGCCUAGUCAUGGAUGGAUUCAUCACUGCUGUUGAGACCUUCUACCAUGGUGACUAUGACAAGCAAUGCAAAGUACUCAAUGAGGAGCUGCCCAAGUUCAGGGAUAAACAAGGCCACUUUGGAAAACCUGUAGCAAAAGAAGGCUGCAAGAAGUAUGAUUUUGAUCCAGCAAAAUGGUGGUCCAGUUAUGGUACUCAGGCUCCAACUUUGCAAAGGAUGGCUAUAAGGAUUCUCUCUUUAACUGCUAGCGCUUCUGGUUGUGAAAGGAAUUGGAGCUGUUUUGAAGGGAAUCAUACAAAGAAAAGAAACAGACUAACAUGUGAGCUUCUCAAUCAACUUGUUUUUGUACAAUAUAAUAACAAGAUGAGUGCAAAAAAGGAGAAGGCCAAGAAGAAUAAUAAGAUGGAUCCUCUUCUAGCAACUGAGUCAACUCAUGCUCAAGGAUGGCUUGUUGAAUGUGGAGAUGAAGAUGAUGGUGAACCUGUUUGUGGGCUGACAUGGAAUUUAAUUGAAGAGGCCUGUGGGGUUGAGGAAUGUGGUAAACUCCGUAGGAGUGCAAGGCUAGCCCAAAUGAGACAAGUCACUGAAGAUGAAUUUGAAUCUGAAGCAGAAGAAGCCACCAAUGAGGAAGACAUUGACUUUGAGUCUGACCAAGAGGAUGUCGUCCCACUUGUUGGGGAUGAUGAGCAGGAUGGGGACAAUGAGGAGUAG